GAGGCCCGCAUGAUGCUGGUCAAGGGCGCCUCCGCCGAGGGCCGCAUGCUCAAGUCCAAGGCCAUGACCAAGGAGGGCGGCGCUGAGAUCGUCGACAUGGGCUUCGACAUGGACGAGCCCGGCCGCUACGUGUACCACUUCAAGACCAACAACGGCAUCGCCAUGAUGGAGCAGGCCGCCCUGGAGAAGGACGCCGGCAAGGUGCAGGGCUCCUACGAGUGGACCAGCCCCGAGGGUCAGAACUUCAAGGUGGAGUACGUGGCCGACGAGCUCGGCUAUCACCCCGUGGCCGCUCACCUGCCCGUCGCCCCCGAGAUCCCCGUGGCCAUCCAGCGCUCCCUGGAGUGGAACGCCGCCCACCCCGAGGAGGACAAGGAGGCUGAAAUGUACAUGGCUAAGAUGGCCUAAUUAGCUCCGACAGGAUCGGUAGUUAAUGGUUUUCUUUUAACCAGGGGGAGAAUCAAGCAAGACUGAUGUAUGAAUGUACAGUACAGUAAAUAUAAACUGUCAAUAAAAUAUUGCCUACAACACAA